AUGGUGAUCAAAAUACUUCUUCUUGUUGUGGCUGUCUUGGUUUUCGCUGAGGCCAAACUGAAAUAUGGAACUUGCUAUAAACCUAUGAAGAAUUACAAGGGUGUCAAAACAUAUCCUCGACCACACGAAUAUUUGAAUGUUAAAGACUUACCUACAUCUCUUGAUUGGAGAAACCGUAAUGGUACUAACUAUGCUAGUACAACCAGAAAUCAACAUAUACCACAAUAUUGUGGUGGAUGUUGGGCUAUGGGAUCAACUAGUGCUAUAGCUGAUCGUAUCAAUAUCAAGAGGAAAGGUGCCUGGCCUUUAGCAUAUCUAUCAGUCCAGAAUGUGAUCGAUUGUGCUGGAGCAGGAUCUUGUGCUGAAGGUGGAGAUGAUAAAGGUGUCUAUGCUUAUGCCUAUAGUCAUGGUAUUCCUGAUGAAACUUGUAACAAUUUCCAAGCGGUAGAUCAAAAAUGUGACGAAUUCAACGCCUGUGGAACUUGUACCACAUUUGGAGAAUGUGAACAACUUCAGAAUUAUACUUUAUGGAAAGUUGGUGAUCAUGGUGAAGUCAAACAUAGAGACAAUAUGAUGGCUGAAAUCUAUAAAAAUGGACCAAUCAGUUGUGGUAUAAUGGCAACUGAAGGUUUAGAGAAAUAUCGUGGUGGCGUUUAUUCUGAACAUCAUUUCUUUCCUAUGGUCAACCAUAUAGUAUCUGUCGCUGGAUGGGGAGUAGACCCAGAUAAAGGCGAAUAUUGGAUUGUCAGAAAUUCCUGGGGAGAGCCAUGGGGUGAGAGUGGAUGGUUUAGGAUCGUUACCAGUAAAGGAAUGGGAGGUCGAGGUGGCAGUGAAAAUCUAGGUAUUGAAAGUGAUUGUGGAUACGCUGAUGUUAUUGUACCGGGUUACAAUUAAUCAUUUGAACUUUCUUAGGAAUUUAAAGACACUAUAUUAGUAAUUCAUGCAUUCUGAAUUAUAAUUUAGUCAAAACCAAUUAAAAUGAUCAACGUAUGAUGCACUUAGUACAAUAUGAUCAAUAUUUCUUUUCAACUGAUAAACUAACUUUCUUUCAAAAUCAUACUAUCUAUCCUUUUUGAACCCAUUUACAAAACAAUGCAUAUAAAAUUAAAAUGUAUUUAAUAAAAGUUAUUUAAGGAAA